AUGAACCUCAGGACAUCAGAUGCUGGACUUUAUAAACUACAGAUCAUCAACAGCAGAUUCAGCAUCAUGAAGAGAUUCAGUGCUACUGUUGCUAGUGUGUCUGGUUUUGGUACAGAUAGAGUGUCAGUGUCUGUGAAUGAGGGAGAUUCAGUCACUCUUAACACUGGUGUUAAAACAAACCAACAAGAAGUGAUUAAAUGGUAUAUUAAUCACACUUGUAUAGCUCAAAUCACUGGAGAUCAGAGUAAGAUCUGUACAGAUGUUCAGUGUGAUGAGAAAUUCAGAGACAGACUGAAGCUGGAUCAUCAGACUGGAUCUCUGACCAUCAUGAACACCAGAAACACAGACUCUGGAGAAUAUAAACUAAAGAUCAUCAUCAGCAGCAGCAUCAGCAUCAUGAAAAGAUUCAGUGUUUUUGUUCAUGGUGUUUCUGCUGCAGAACAAGAUAAAAUGAAGAGAAAAUCAGUGAUGGAGAGAGAUUCUGUUACUUUAGAUCCUGGUAUAAUAAAAACAACAAAUUAUUUGAUUAUGUGGUAUUUCAAUGACAUUCUCAUCGCUGAAAUCACUGGAGAUCAGAGUCACAUCUGUACAGAUGAACAGUGUAAAGAGAGAUUCAGAGACCGACUGAAGCUGGAUCAUCAGACUGGAUCUCUGACCAUCACAAACACCAGAAACACUGACUCUGGAGAAUAUGAACUAGAGAUCAGCAACAUCAGAUUCAGCAUCAAAAAGAGCUUCAGCAUUUCUAUCACUGCUCACAGUUCUAAUGCUGCUUUAGAUGCUGUUCUUUUAAACACCACUGGAUGGCGCCAUUUAUCACUUAAAUCACUGUCAUACAACUAAUGACCAAAGUAGCAGACAGAUAAUUGUUAAAAGUUGUCUGAAUCAGUCACUCUCGAAGUAACGAUGGCUGUCUGUCUUCAGCUGCUGUAGCAGGAAUAUAUGCUGCUGAUGUUGCUGCUGUUGUUGGUGUUGGUGUCGGUGUCCUGCUCCUUGUUGCUGCUGGUUUAAUUUACUAUUGUAAUCAUGAAGCAAGAAGGAAUGGCAGCAGUAGAGAGGACAGUCUUCAGGAGAUUGAUGCAGAUUACUCGCCCCUUAAUCAGAGUUACUCUCAAGUGUCGAUUGUGAUGUCUCCUAAUCCGUCUGUGUCUGAGGCUGCCAAUGAAACACCACAGUAACAUUGUUAUACUGGCUUGAGUAAUCCAAAAUUCUGAUCUAUACACCAUUUUCAGGUUGUACUGUGGAUGGAGAAAAUGGAGGUAUUUGAAAAUGAUUACGCAUGUUUAGUCAUGUGACGCAUGUAGUACCCAUAGACAUUUAUAGUUAUACCGGCAUUGUUGUGCCUGUUAUUUACAUUAACAGUGUUGCUCAAGAUAAAUGCUCCUUUGUAGAAUCUUUGUAUUACAUUCCUGCAAAGAUGACAUUGAAUUUACUCACAUUUGCUGUCCUGCAUGUCAAAAUAUGAGGAUAGGUGUGUUUUGAACUUCAGGAAAAAAAUAGCUUGAAAAUGCUGUAUCUGGAUUAAUCCUGCUGAGCUGCUAUUCUGUGUAAUAUUAAAGUUUCCAUUCUAACAUUUACUAUCAAAGAUUUGAGCUUUUAACACUGCUAAACUAAAACUUGAAACUAUUUCAAACUUAUAACCUCUAAACUUAAAGCCUUCAAUCUUAAAGCUGUUAAAACUACUUUAAACUUUCCUGCUGCUUUCUCAAGCCAACAUCAAAGAUUGUCUAUCUAGUUUAUUAUUUAGAUUCUUUCAGUGAAAAUGAACAUAAAGAGAAGAUAAGGGAAUGAGAGAAGACAAUCAGCAGAAACUCAAAACACUCAGAGAGAAAUAGUGCCAUGAUACCAAGAUUACAGUAUUGGGUACCAUUACUGAAACUUCACCUCAACACCAGUUUCAACUAAUUCAAAUUCAAACUAAUUUGCUAUAAUUGAGUUUGUUAGUAAUUUAAAUACUACAUAACAUGAAGUCAAAAUGUUUUAACUAUGUAAAUGUUGCUUCAGAAAUACAAACAAUUAAUCAACAAUAAAUAAGAAACAAAGAAACACGUUAGCAGCAAUAAAACAAAGACUGCUGAUGUUUUUCAUUAUAUUGAAAAAAAAGAAAGUGAUCCAGAUAGGAAUUGAGAGACAUUUCAUUAAUAACUAAACAUGAAUCAUGAUAGAUAUUUUGAUCAAGUAAAGUCAUACUCAAGACAAGCUCUUCACAGAGCAGCUGUCAGUCAAAAUCUCAGGUACUGAAUUGAGUCUGCACUACUGAUAAUCUUUACAGUUUUACUAUUGUCAUUUGACAACACUACAGAUGAUACUGUAAGAUAUUGUGUCUAAUAUUUACAUUAUUAUAUACAUAUAUUUGUCUAUGAAUCACUGUGUUUUUGUUGGUUUGUUUGUAAUGUCAUAACUUUGUGGUUAAAGUGAAAGCAGGUUAAAAUCCUCAAGGGUUGAUCCAUGAAAUAUCACCAUUGUGUCCUUGAUCAAACUCUGAAUCUCAGGAGCUGAACCUGUAAUAAGUGUACUGAAAGACACUGUGGAGGAAAAUGGCAACAAUUUUUUUUAUUAUUAUUGUAUUUCAUUUGCAAUAUAUUGUUGUUUUUUUAUGUUUGAUAACUGUUACUGCUGCUGCACAAGCCUUUCUACAGGUAUUAAGCAUCUGAAUGAUGUUUUAAGCACUUCACUUGAAUACAAAAAAUAAUUUGUGAAAAGAAACAGAUUUGCACAAUUACUUAAAUUUGUCCUGUUAGAUUUUCUUGUUCAAAGAGCUUAUUGUCUGCCUACAGAACAUCAUCAGAUCUCACUGGACUCUAAGUACCAUUUAGGCCUCAGUAAAAGACAAAACUUGGAUGCCUUGUACUUUAAUUGUAUUUUUUAGACCUUUUUAGGGGCCAAGCACCGAAGGUGCGGAGGCACCUAUUGUUAUUGUUGGUGUU